AUGGCCCCAGUUGCUACGGGAGAGAUCGCACCAAUGCAUCUACCCGGUGGUCUAUCGAAGCCAUUGAGCAUCAGUGCCUCUGUCUUGCAUGGCCCCCGCGAUCUGCGACUGGAAACAAGGACCAUCGAGGCUCCAGCGGCAGGCGAGCUUCAAAUCGCUAUCAAGGCGACUGGCAUUUGUGGUUCAGAUGUCUCCUACUACAAGAAGUUUGCCAAUGGCGAUCUCUGUGCCUGUCACCCACUGUCACUAGGCCAUGAGUCGUCAGGGGAAGUUGUUGCUAUUGGUCCUCAAGUGAGUGGCUUCAAGCUGGGCGACCGAGUUGCUCUUGAAGUUGGUGUUGCUUGUGGAAACUGCGGCAUCUGCCGUAAAGGCCGUUAUAACCUGUGCAAAAAGUUGCGUUUCAGAAGCAGUGCCAAAACCUACCCUCACUACCAAGGCACAUUGCAAGAGAGGAUUAACCAUCCCGCUGUCUGGUGCCACAAGUUGCCCGAUAACGUCUCCUUCGAGGCCGCCGCCCUUCUCGAGCCGCUGUCUGUAGCUAUCCAUGCGGUGAACCGUGCCAGGCCGGAACCGGGCUCCACUGCCCUUGUUAUCGGUGCCGGCACCGUUGGUCUUUUGACUGCCGCAAUGGCUCGUCAAUCAGGCUGCACAUCGGUUACAAUCACCGAUAUUGAUGCCGGGCGUGUCAACUAUGCCAUAAGCCGUGGAUUCGCAACUCAUGGGUUUGUUACCCCCCUGUCCCGCUUGAACUCUUCAAACUAUUCUUCUGGAAUCUCUACACCCGAGACUGGUAUCAUUACUCCUGCCAGCACCUUUUCCACCGCAAGCCGCUUCGAUGGAGCCAAAUCAUUGGCAGCGGAUAUCCUUGCUUCAUCAAACCCUGCCGGUACCUUCAUGCUUGAGGAGGAUGAGGAUGGUGUGGAUGUCACAUUCGAGUGCACCGGAAAGGAGGUAUGCAUGCACACGAGCUUAUAUGCCACCAAAGCUGGCGGCAAAGUAAUCAUGGUGGGCAUGGGAACUCCUAUCCAGACCCUCCCUCUCUCCGUGGCUCACCUCCGCGAGAUUGACAUCCUGGGCGUAUUCCGGUAUUCCAACACAUAUCCCACCGGCAUUCGACUUUUGUGUUCCCAAGCUGCGAACCCCUCUUCCUGCAGCCUACCCUCGUUGGAUGACAUGGUCACCCACCGUUUCAAGGGCCUGGAUCAGGCACAACGUGCAUUUGAGCUUGCGACACGCACCAGUGACGACGAGGGCAAACUUGUCCUGAAGAUUGUUAUUGAGGCAUAA